AUGCCUGAGUAUACUAGUCAAGCUCAGGACUAUAACAUGGCCGCUCCUACUCAUUACCAUCCCCUUCAAUUGCAAGAAGACAUCAAUCCGAUGCACGGACCGAUGGGUUCUCCAUCUCAAUGGCCUGAUGCUCCUCCGGAGCUGGACCCGCCUUUCACUCAUCUUGCUUUGCGUGAUGUUCUCUGGUACCAGCCAGACUAUCAGAAUGCUGGAGUUGAACCAGAAGGCGUGGCCGUGAAUCCCACCGUGGCUGCUGCUAUUGCAGCAUGUCAUGCAUCUGCAGCAGAGUUUACUAACGCUGCUGCUACAUGCUACGCAGCUGCAGCUGCAAUUAUGGAAGCCGGUAUUCCAGCGGGUAACGCAUGUCAAUCUGCUGCUACUGCAAUUCUUUCUGCCGGGAUUCCAGUAGUUGAUAUUUGUGUCGCUGCUGCAGAGACAUGUAAUGUCGCUGCUGCAGAGACAUGUAAUAUCGCUGCGGCAUAUUUUGCUACGCCUUUUGGCCCUGAGGGGGAUUUAGUCCCCGAAAUUCCAGUUACGGGAGCUACCACCAGACGCUCUAGACGCACCAAAUCUGACAAAGUCCAACCGUCCCGAAUUCCAAAAUCUUCGAAUACGAGAAUCAAGAAAGUCCAAAGUCCGAAGGCCAAGACUGGAACCCGCUCUCGUAAACCUGCACACGCCGCAGUCAAGAAAGCUCAAGUUCCGCAUGUUCAAACCGGGACCUCCUCGCACGAAUCUGCGGACGCCAUACCCGAGACGAUUCAAACUGCAGAUGCCCAGAUCGAGACCCUCGGAACUACCGCUAAAAACAACCUAAAACAGACCGGCAAGAAGGCACAACCACCUAAGGUCGCUACACCAAAGACUCCGAAGAAGGCCCCCCAAUCUACCGGCCACUCUUAUAACCUCAGGUCAAGCAACAAAACUUAUGAUCUGAGAUCAGCAAAAAAGGGCGGCAUCCCUAAGCCAGCAACCAUCAAACCCAGCAGAUCAGCUGUCAAGAAGAACACCCGUAAAUAG